AUGGGUCGAAGUUGGAUGUAUGAUAGAGUUAACUCUGAUAGGUAUGGUUUGAAAGAUGGUUUUGUUAGUGGAGUAGAGGAUUUUGUCACUAAAUCCAUGAAUCGACCACAAUUUUUAAACGAGGGGGGGAUAAGGUGUCCUUGUGUAAAAUGCGGUUGCAUUCUCUUGAAAACGCCUAAUGAGGUCAAACAUCACUUGUACAAAUAUGGUUUUUUGCCCAACUAUUAUACAUGGAUUGAUCAUGGAGAAGCGAAUCAAAAUGUGGACCUUGAUGGUCAUAUUAGUAGCGGUGGGAAUGCUGGUGGAGAUAAUACAGGUGAUGAAGAACAAUUUCAUGCAAUGAAUGAAAUGGUCUCUGAUGUUUUCAUACCAUUUGUUAAUGCCCCAAAUGUGAAUGCUGAUAUGGAAAAUGAAACAGUUAGUGAGGGUGAGGUACCAAAUGAAAAAGUUCAACGAUUUUAUGAUGAAUUGAUUUCCGCAAACCAACCGAUUUAUGAGGGAGCUUCUGAAUCCAGACUAUCUAUUUCAGCUAAGAUGUUGGCUGCCAUGUCUAAUUGGCAUGUUCCUCAAAAGGCCAUGAAUUUUUUCUCCCAAAUGCUAAUCGAUGUUUGUCCAACUAAAGGAUGCUUACCUGAAAACUAUUACAAAGUGAAGAAGUUGGUGUCUAAGUUAGGAUUAGAGGUUGAGAAAAUUGAUUGUUGUGUGAAUGGAUGCUUAUUAUAUUUUAAAGAAGAUAGCACUUUAACUCAAUGUAGAGUUUGUGGAGCUGCUAGGUAUGUUCCUCGAAAGUGUGGAAUGGGAAAUUACAAAGAUGUGGCAGUGAAGAGAAUGUUCUAUUUUCCAAUCAUUCCUAGGUUACAACGACUUUUUGCUUCAAAGGAAUCUGCAUCUCAAAUGAGAUGGCAUCGUGAGAACCCUAGUGAUCCAAAUGUUUUACGUCACCCAUCUGAUGGAAAAGCAUGGAAACACUUCGAUGAAGUUUAUCCCGAUUAUGCUAGUGACCCGAGAAAUGUAAGAUUAGGUUUAUGUACGGAUGGGUUUACCCCUUACAUCCAAGCCUCUAGUACUCCAUAUUCAUGUUGGCCGGUAAUAGUCACACCCUACAAUCUACCUUCCGAAAUGUGCAUGACCAAACCAUACAUGUUUUUGACUUGUCUUGUACCUGGACCGUACAAUCCAAAAGUUAAAAUAGAUGUCUACUUGCAACCUUUGAUUGAUGAUUUGCAGCGCUUGUGGAGAGAUGGCAUUUUGACAUAUGAUAUCUCUAUGCAACAAAAUUUUGUAAUGAGAGCGCAUUUAAUGUGGACAAUCAAUGAUUUUCCAGCAUAUGGUAUGUUGUCUGGAUGA